AUGACGGGAUCACUUGAGACGGUAGGUGACAAUUGGAGAUCACUGGAUCGUAUUGCGAGUGGUGGUGGUGACAAUACCCAUAAGAAGGAGGGGGAAGAGGGGGAUCUCAUAGAUCCUAAGGAUUUGGAUUGGGAUGAUCGGUACGAUGAGGACAAUCCUCAUAAUUGGCCGGUUUGGAAAAAGUGGUAUACUACGUUAGUAGCAGCAUUUUUGUGUUUGGUCGUGUCGAUGGGGUCAUCGUUGUAUGUUUCGGCGGUUCCCGAGUUGGUGUUGAAAUAUAACAUUGAUCAGACCUUGGCUCUUGCAGGGUUAACUUUCUAUUUGUUGGGUUUGGCUAUGGUUGUUGGUGCGCCACUUUCUGAGGUUUAUGGUAGAAAGCCUAUUUAUUUACUUUCACUGCCUCCUUCUAUGCUGUUUGCUUUGGGAGUUGGAUUCUCUGGGCAGCGGAUGGGCAUUAUCUUGCCUUUGAGGUUUUUGUCAGGUGUGUUUGCAUCGCCAGCUUUAUCUGUUGCUAGUGGUACUAUUGUUGAUAUAUUUGAUGUGGACCAGGUUUCUGUAGCCAUGGCUAGUUUUUGUAUGGCGCCGUUUUUGGGGCCUGUUAUUUCUCCGAUUAUGGCGGGCUUCGCAGCUGAGAAGAAGGGCUGGAAGUGGGGUGUUUGGAUCCAUCUUAUUGCGGGAGCUGUGCUGUUCCCCUUUGUAUGUUUUAUGCCGGAAUCUCAUAGGAUGGUGAUCUUGCGCAAGCGUGCGGCGAAGCGUGGGCUGUCUAUUAAAAAGAUGAGUAGAGAGGAGAUGCAUAGGUUUAUUAAGAUGACGUUCACGGUGACUGUUUUCAGGCCUAUUAAGAUGCUUUUUGUCGAACCCAUUGUGCUUGUGUUUUCUGUGUAUGUUGCAUUCGUAUUUGCAGUUUUAUUUGCAUUUUUUGAAGCAUACCCUAUCAUCUUCCGCCAAGUGUACCAUUUCUCGAUGGGUGAGUCUGGUUUGACGUUUUUGGGUAUUUCCGUUGGGUUAUGGAUUGGGACUAUAUUUUACAUUUGGUAUGACCGUAAGUAUUACUACCCAGCAGCUCCGGAGGGUACCCCUCCAUUGGCAAAUCCUGACAGUAAGAGAGAUGCUCCAUUGAGAGGCCGGAGAGAUCCUACGAGCGGGAAAUUAUUAAACAUUGCUCCUGAGGAAUUUUUGCUGGUGACCAAGGUUGGAUCUAUUGCAUUGCCAGCAGCGUUGUUUUGGAUGGGUUGGUCUGCCAAGGAAUCUGUUCAUUGGAUGGUGCCUUUAUUGGCAGGUGUUCCAUUCGGGUUUGGACUGAUUCUAAUUUUCUUUAGUGUGUUGAUGUACUUUACUACAUCGUACCCAGUGUUGGUUGUGUCUUCUGCAUUUGCCGCAAACAAUAUGUUGCGUUAUAUUACCAGUUGUGUGUUCCCAUUAUUCACCGUGCAAAUGUAUAAUAAUCUGGGUAUCGAUUGGGCAUCUUCUCUAUUUGGGUUUAUCAGUCUUGCCAUGGUUCCUGUACCUUGGAUCUUUGAAAGAUAUGGGAAAGCCAUGAGAAAGAAGUCUGUUUUUGGUUAUGAUGCACUAAAACCUUACCAGGGAGCAUCUGGGCCAGCAGAAGCCGAUAGCGAGGAUACUACUGAAGUUGAUGUGGAGGUUGAUGGGGCAUUACCACCAGCUGACUUGAACAAAGAGAAGUAUUCCAAAGAGAAUGUUUAA